AUGGAUUCUAAACCCCGUGAAUCCAGGACGAACUUUCGAGUGGGCUGUAAAAAAUGUGGAUUUACCGGCCAUUUAACAUUUCAAUGUCGCAAUUAUUUACGCGGUGGUGUCUCAGGUGAUGUGGUUCUAGAUGUAAGCAGUACCAGUUCUCAGUCUGAUGAGAGCGAAAUAAUUGCAGCAGCCUUAGAAUUACGACGUGCUUCAAUGGCUGCAAAGAAGGAAAAGAAAAUGAAAAAGAAACAAAUUCCGAAGCGGAAGCACUCGACCACAGGGUCUUCAGAAAGUACUAGUAGUAGAUCAUCCACCCCCGAUCACUAUCACCAUCACCGUCAUCAUAAGAAAAAACACAAAUCGAAGAAGUUACAUAAACGCCCAAAAAGAAAGCAUAAACAUUCUAGAAAUGAAUGA